UCUACUUGCCAUCAGACAGCCAACCAAAGUGCCAAUAUUUUUUUUCUACUUUGCUUUUUGCUUCUGCCAUUGUAAAAUGGACCCAGAAAGGGGGUGCUGAUUGUAAAUUACCAGAUUAUUCAAUAAUUCUAUAGGCAAACUAGGAAAAAAAUAGUCAAAAAUGAGCGUGUUCAAAUCUGCUAUGGGCUACUUCAGCUCAGGAGGUGCCAACGGCGGUAGUGAUAAUGAUUUCGUAGGUCAAUUUGUCGAAAUCGGGAACAUGAAAUUGAGAGUGAAAAAGGUGAUUGCUGAAGGUGGAUUUGCAUUUGUAUUUGUUGCUCAAGAUGUAUCUUCGGGCACAGAGUAUGCCUUAAAAAGGCUGAUGGCAGCUGAUGAGCAGGCAAAUAAGAACAUUAUACAAGAAAUUAGCAUAUUAAAAAAGUUAUCGGGUCAUCCGAAUAUUAUUAAGUAUAUAGCUGCCUCUUUUAUUGAUAAGUCAAAGACGUCGCAUGGAAUGGGGGAGUAUUUGUUGCUGACGGACCUGUGCAGUGGUGGAAGCUUGAUGGAGGCGCUGCAGAACAGAGGGCAGGCAUUCCCACUCCCGACCAUACUGAGGGUGUUUUACCAAACAUGCCGUGCUGUGCAGCAUAUGCACGUGCAAGUCCCUCCCAUAGCCCAUCGAGAUCUCAAGCUAGAAAAUUUCUUAAUAUCAAACGAAGGUACAAUAAAACUAUGUGAUUUUGGCUCAGCCACAACUGAUGUUUACACUCCCAAUCCCUCAUGGAGUGCUAAUCAAAGGAAUAUGUUAGAAGAAACUCUGGCUCAAUUCACAACCCCAAUGUACAGAGCACCAGAGAUGUUGGAUACAUGGGACAAUCGUAAGAUAGACCACUCAGUUGACGUGUGGGCGCUGGGGUGCAUACUGUACACACUCUGUUUCAUGCAACACCCAUUUGAAGAUUCCGCUAAAUUGGCUAUUUUGAAUGGAAACUACAACCUCAACCCGAAUGAUCAACGCUACAAAUGUUUUCAUGAAAUUAUAAAUGGUUGCCUAACAGUGAACCCUGAGGAGCGCUUGACAAUAAGCAGCGUGCUGGAGCGACUGGCGGCGAUAGCGGAGUCCAACAAUGUCAAUCUCAAGCAACCACUCAAAUUUGAGCGUAAAAAAGUUGAACAAUCUGUGGCCACUAGCUCGCCAGGUAAUAAGAAGUCAAGUCCGCCCCCGGCGAGCCAGGAGGCGGCGCCGGCGCGGCCCCCGGAGCCGGCGCGGCCGCCGCCGCCGGCCCGGCCACCCGCCGCGCCGCACCACGUGCCCCCCAGUCAAGCGCAUGCCAACUCCGGAGGGCUAUUUUCUUCCAUCAAAGGUGGCGCCGGAAGCUUCCUGAAAAACCUCAAGGAUACCUCCUCGAAAGUCAUGCAGACGGUUCAACAGUCCAUAGCUAGAACAGAUUUGGACAUAAGUUACAUAACUAGUCGUAUUAUUGUGAUGCCAUACCCUUCUGAAGGCUUGGAGAGCGCGUAUAAGACUAACCACAUUGACGACGUGAGGGCGUUCCUAGAGAGUCGGCACCCGGGCGGCAAGUACUGCGUGUACACGGCGAGCCGCGGGGCGCGGCUGCACUUCCCGCGGCACGUGCAGCUGACGGACGCGGGCCGCGCGCUGUGGCCGACGCCGGCGCACCGCGCGCCGCUGCUGGCGCCGCUGUACGCGCUGCUGCAGCACAUGUACCAGUACCUGGGGCAGGACGAGCGCGCGCAGCGGGCCGUCGUCAUCACCUGCCAGGACGGUAAACAGUUCUCAGCGAUGCUGUUGUGCGGUUUGCUGCUGUACUCGAAACUGGUGAAGGUGCCAGAAGACGCCCUACAGAUCUUCGCCGUCAAGCGCGCGCCCAUCAACAUGCCGCCCAGCCAGCUCAGAUACCUCUACUAUCUCAGCAAUAUCAUCAGACCGGAGCCAGUUCUGCCUCACUUCAGACCUGUCUCGCUAGUAUCCAUCACAAUUCAGCCUGUGCCCCUCUUCACGAAAGCAAGAGAUGGCUGCCGACCGUACAUAGAGAUAUACAAUGAAGACAGAAUGCUGCUGUCCACGCUACAAGAGUACGACAGACUGCAUAUGUAUACCAUGUCCGAGGGAAAGGUGACACUACCGCUGGACACGACAGUGGUGGGCGACGUGGUGGUGUCGGUGUACCACGCGCGGCAACAACUCGGCAGGGUCCACUCCGUGCCGAUGCUCUCCGUGAGCUUCCACACCGGCUUCUUGUCGCCUCAACAACACGCUUACAAGUUCACUAGGUCAGAAAUCGACGGCAUAGACGAAACUUCACCAGUCAACGACCAUUUCUCCAACAACACGUCCGUGGUGAUAAGCUUGGUGGUUCAGAAUGGGGAGCGUCGCAAGCCGCGCUCCGACAUAUGGGAGGAAGACCACUCCUUCCCCAUCAGAACUCCUGAUCUUCUGUUCUCUACUACCCUGGAGAGAGAUGAGACUAUUGAUAACUUUGCUAACCUCCGAAGCGACGCCGGCGCAGCAGCCGCGUCGACAAUAACAACAGACUACCCCCCGAAAGAAGCGCCGCCUCGCCCCUCGCGCCCGUCCCGGCCCGCGCCGCCGUCGCCGCAGCCGCCGCGCCCUCCCCACGCAGGCGACGGCCCGCCCUCCACCGCGGACUUCCUCAACAUCAACUCCCAACAAGACAAACAAGAGAAGCCAGAGAAGAAACUCAAAAGCGAAGACUCGUUUGAUUUCUUCGGCAUGAUGGAGAAGAAAGACGACUUUGGGGACUUCUUGAGCGGUCAGGCGCAAGCUGCUGUUGAUAAUCCACAGCCAUUCACAUCGGAGCCUAUAUUCGGCGACCUGCCGCCGCCGCCGACGGACGCGGGCGCCGCGGCCAGCACCGACCCCAACUUCGACCCCUUCGGCCUCAACGACCCCAUGCCCAAGCAGGAGCCGCUGCUCACCCCGCAAAUGCUUGUUGAUGAUGGUCGGCCACAAAGUACUCCUAUAGAACAAACCCAAUCGUCAAAGAAAGACCCAUUCGCGGACCUUACCCUACUCGGUGCUACCAUACCCGGUGCUCAGGGCACCACCAGUCCUACCAACCAGCCACCAGGCGCGGCUAACUCAAGCAGCCAACCAAUGGGGGCUAACUCGGCCAGCCAGCCAAUGGGAGGGGCUAACUCCGCCAGCCAGCCAAUCAUAGACGCGAUGCUAUCCGGAGCCACGCCCAGUACGACCCCACGCGCUUCGCCCGCGCAUAUGCCGCAUACGCCCGCUCGGUCGCCUGCGCAUCAACCUGAUUACAGUCGAUCGCACUUCGAUCCGGCUAAGACCCCGGCAGAGGACAAGAGGAAGCCGAUGGACGUGUUCGGCGACCUCCUCGGCAGCCAAGGUUACCAGUUCGCCAGGAAGGAGACCGGGCCAAAGACUAUGAACGCUAUGCGGAAGGAAGAAAUGGUCCGAGAAAUGGACCCUGAGAAACUUAAGAUCCACGAAUGGACGGAGGGCAAGAAGGCAAACAUACGCGCGCUGCUAUGCUCGCUACAUACAGUUGUAUGGGAGGACUGCCGCUGGACCUCUUGCAACAUGGCGCAGCUGGUCACCCCGCAAGACGUCAAGCGCAACUACAGGAAGGCCUGUCUCGCCGUGCACCCUGAUAAGCAAAUGGGCACCCCUAACGAGAACAUAGCGAAGAUGAUUUUCAUGGAGUUAAACAACGCUUGGAGCGACUUUGAAAACGACGCCAAACAACAAAACUUGUUCCAGUCGUAGCCCCAGUAACUAUACCACGUAGCUAUAUUACCAUAUUGGUGCUGAUUCCGGUACACACCAUCUAAGCUUAUUUGAAGUUAUAUCUGUCCUUUUCUUAUCCUCCGAAAAGGAAAAGGCCGGGUAAUCGACAAGCAGAAAUCUAAAAUUUUACAUUGAUCAAUAACCCAACAGAAUUUAGUUGACAGCACACUUCGAACGGGUCGCAUACCAGUGAAAUACCUAUUUGAUUCGCCCGGGUUAUUCAUUCAUUUACUCAUUCUUCCUAAAAUUAACAUCUGCCAAUCAUCCGUCCCUUUCCUUUUCGGCGGAUAAGAAAACGACGGGUAUAACUUAAAGUAAAAUUAGGAGAUGUCUGUAGGAAUCGGGGCCAUUAUUGCUUUGAUAGACAUUUCCAUAAACCUACCUACUCAUGCGAGUUAAAUUAACACCUCUCUAGACUGCAACCCUCUUCAUGUACCCCGCGCGUCAGUUCGCGUUCAUAUUGUGAGCUCUGUACCACACACGCACACUAUAAAGCCCGACCGAAAAUUUUAAAAUCUUCGCCAUUUACCGGUAAAAAAAGAAUUAUCUGUUUCUAAUUCCCGUUAUUACGGACCCUUCGUAUAGCUCGGUAACUUUCCGCCCCGCCCCAAUUCGUAUAGAGCGCUGACUUCACCCCCUCUAGGUUUUGUUUUAAAUAGCCGCUAAGGAUUAAGGGGGAGAACGCGCAGACUGUGUCUCGCUUACACUUAAGCUUUAAGCGGCAGACGGUAUGAUUUUUUAAUAGUCUGCGAGCUUAGCACCGUAAGCGCGCGACACUUUCUCGCCUCGACAUACGUCACCCGUCAUAGAAGAGACAGAUGAUCUCUGUCGCGGCGAGAAAGAGUCGCGUGCUUACGGUGCUAGGCCCGCUUGUGUGUGAGAUAUGACUAAAAAUAUGAUCACAUCGAAUUCAUGGCAAGGUUUUUAUAUUUCUGAACAGGCUAAUACAUGGCUACGUCGUCAAAGUGAGGUUAAAUUGGCUCGCACGAGUUACACAUCGAUAAACGAGGUCCAUGUUAUUUUUAUUAUUAUUGCAAAUGUUAAAUUAAAAUUGGUAAAAGUCAGGAACUUUGGAAUAAAUUGCUCUUAGGACAGCGUACAAAACAUGUCAAUCUGACAGACCGAGUACUUUAGUUCUGGUUCAAACAAAAAUGUCGCUUAGUACGAUCUUUUAGACAAUACCCUAUUAACAGCAUAAGUUUAUUUUUUUGAUCGUCAUUGGUAGAGAUACACCUGAGAAGUAGAAAAACGUGAAACAUCCACAAAACGACAUUCCAAAUAAUAAUAAAAAAAAAAUAAUUCUUUCCACAUACUGAACCUUCGAAACAAAUGUUCACCUUUCAAUACUUUUGAUAACCGUGUAAAUUGGGCAACCGUAUAUAAAAGUACAUUUUAGAAACGAAUAUAAUAUACGUCCACAGCAUUGAAAGGAUUAAAAGUUUUCCGGGGAUAAAACCUAGAAUCUGUCAAAAUUGACAAAAUUUAAGAACAAUUUAAGAAUUCAAAAGUAGCAGCACCUGAUGGGAGAAAUCGACAGUUUUUAUCCUUUGCGCUUUGUGGAUGCUUUUAAGAUUGAAAAUGUUUUGAAUUCGAUUUAAACUGGUCUACGUUUUUAUACAUGUAGAUGAACGAAAGUUAGUGAAAUGCGGGAAAUAUUUGCAAAUAUAUUUUUUCCUGCACCAAUAAACCCACGUGCCCUGGAAUAUAUUUUUCCUUCCAUAUACAGGACCUUGUAAAUAGACUGGUUUGCCUUUCGUGUGGGAAAAUCCGACAAUCCAUUUAUGUCAAAAAACUAACAAGCGGACCCCGGAAAAAAACGGGAUCAACGCAAAGUAGCUGAUGUAGUAACAUAAUAUUUAAUUGGUUUCUAAUCGAGUUUUAAAUUAUUUUUUUUAUUUUAACCAUUUUAUGCAGUUAAAGAUAUAUAAAUGUACUUGUAAAUUGAAAUGUAUUCGGUGAUUGGUGGAAGUGGUGCACAUAACGUAGUUUGUUGGCAUUUCCCGGCUAUUAUAAUAAAGUUGAAGCUUACAUAUGUAGUUAUUAUCCGUAGUAAUAAACAAUAUAUAAUAUCCGAAAGUUAUCCCGGAAGUAUUAAUAGAAUAUUUAAAAUUAUUUUGUCUAUUGGUGAAUUAAGAUUUGGCGUCUGUGUGUAAGAAAUAGUCCCAUUAUUAUAACAUCAUCACUGGGACGAAUAAGGUAGUGAGAAAUAAAACAAAUAAAGUUAAUGAAAAUAUAAAUAAUGAUGUAUAAAUGAGGCUUCCUUUUUAUUUAUCAGACUUCAUAUUUUAUGUCAUCGUUGAAGCAGCUUAUUUACUGGUUCGCUGAUGAACAGAGGUAGAUGACGUCGGUGUACUGUGAAAACCUCUUUUUGCUAGUUGUUAUUGAAAUUUUCGGGUUGAAAACCUCUUUCGCUAACACAGUUGGCUCAACCAUUACAGUCGAUACGGCUCCCCAUCUAUCACGUUGGUCUAACAGAAAGCUCGAUGAGACGUGGGUACAUAGUCCAUCUUAUGGUGGAUGCACCUCUGACUACCCGGCCGUAUAUAGUCGUGAGCUUAUGUUAAGACCUCAGGAUCCGUAGAUUCAUUUCAAUAAAAGGGCUUAUUACACCUACCUGUUUGACAGGCUAGCUGCGUUAAGGUCAUAGUGGUUACCAUGGUUACUCCCCACUAACUCCCGUUUCCUUAUCAGAUAGUGUAGUCUAAUAGCAAAUCGGCGGGGCGUAACCAUGGUAACCGCGAUCUAGAACGAGUUGGUGGGGAGUAACCAUGGUAACUACCCGUGACCUUGACGCAUCUAGCCUGUCGGACAGGUAGGUGUAAUAAGCCUAAAGAGAGAGAGAGAUGUGUUCUGUGUGCUCAAUAAAGUAUUAUUAUUAUUGAGUUAAAAACAAUACUUGUGCCAUCUAUGGUUUCGACUAAGAAGGUCGUGAAAUAAAUGAUAAAUAAUUUAUAAACUUGGAUGUCUAUAAAAAAAUUUAGAAUUUGGUUACCCUCACGAGGUUUUCACAUUAAACCAACGACGUAGGAAGUAUUCCCAUCGUGUUUCGAGAUUCCGUUUUUAAAUCAUAUUUAGAAGAACCACUGUGUGCAGUGGAACAAAUUUAUUAUGUUCUCAUCGUAGUGGAACAUACUAUAGGAAUACUUCAAAUACAAUAACGAAGUUCACUACAAAUGCAAUAUGUUAAUGUAAUAGUUUUCUUAGCGCUUCUACGAAACUUGGUGUUAUUAAUUAUAAUGUGUAAUUUUAGCGAUUGAGAGCUUAUGAUUGGGUUAAGUUGUACAUUCCUAACGUAGGCGUAAUCGUAAAUACUGGAUACUUAAAUUUAUAUUUUAGUAAUAUUUUUUUACUUUGCAGACACCCAGUCAGAAGUGAAUAAAUCUUUAUUGUGGACCGAUUUAUAUAAGAAUUUUUACUUCGUAAUUUUAGUACAAAAUGUAAGUCUCGACUUAGGUUAGGCUAACAUCGGUUCCAAUUCUGGCAUACACAAACUUAAUUUUAAUUUAGUCAGUUCCGAAACUAGCUCUCUCUUUCUUGCACUUAUUGUAAGUAAAGAACAGCACUAUUUUUUAAAACGGCUAAACCAAAUUAAAGUUAAGUUCGCCAGAAUCAGCACCAUAAUUACAGAUUUAUUUGUUUGAGAAAUCAAGAGGAUUUAAACAGGGGGGUAAAAAAGGCCAUAUCGGAGCAAUUCGUCUAUAAAAAGCAAUAUUGCUAUUUGACAUUUGGUUGCAUUACUCACUUACUUUUAUAUGCGCAAAUGUCAAAUUGCAAUAUUGCUUUUUUAGAUGAAUUGCUUCGAUGUGGCCUUUUUAACCCCUCAGGUCACUUUGAAACAAUUCAUCUAAAAAAGCAAUUGAUAUUGCGCACUUACUUUUAUAUUUGCGCAAAUGUCAAAUUGCUUUUUUAGAUGAAUUGCUAAUGUGGGCUUUUUAGACCCCAGUAUACUAUCAUGAUUUUGUAUCAGUAUGCAUCCGAUAAAUAAAUAGCCAUAUAAUAAUAUUCGUCAGUCGUUUAGUACGCAUUAUUUACAUAAAAUAGCUUUAUUGUGGCUCUGGUGACCACAUAGGGAUAGGAACGUGGCUUUAUUUAUGUUUGUAUAUAAAUUAAUCUUUAUUCAACUUCUGCCUGGACGUUAUUUUAUCAGUCGUGCAAUUAUUGUUCCUCAUUUUACUUAUUUCCGUAGCUAAGGCCUAUGAAUGCGUUAGAACGGUUGGUUAGGCCAGUGAUUUCAAUGUAUGUGUUACAAUACUGUGUAUAUUUUGCUUGAAGAUAGAUUAUGUCCAUAUAAAUAACAAAUUGUUCAAAAAUAAAUAUUGCAAGAUGA